AUGUUUUAAUAAUUAUUUUUUUAAUUAAAAAAUCGAGGAUUAGGCUUACCAAACAUGGCUUAAGAGGACACGGAGGAAAAUUGCAGUUAACAACUGACUUUCUUUAAUUUUCUUUUUACAGACCAGAACGAACGACCGCCCGCUUCUUCAGAUGCUUCCUACACUCACGCUGCACAAAGACAUGCUACCGAUUAAAGAAAUCAACGAUAUUUUUUUUCAAGAAAUGGAGGAGGAAGAUAAACAGAUGGAAAAUGGGCGACGAAUAGACAAUCACCUGUAUCAACUAUAGCAACCGCAGUUUCCUCCACGUUUUCCUGUAAUAAUAACUCCUUUUUUUGUAUUGUAUCUGUUGAACACUCCUUUUUUUUGUACUGUAUCUCUUGAACACUCCUUUCUGAUGGUAAUCUGAUAUCAGAAUCCAUCUGGGUUUUGUAUUUUUAUUGAAGAUUUUGCUUUCGUUGUGUAGAAGGAAGAAUUUUUUUUUUCCUCGUAGUGUAUAAUUCCCGUUCCGUUUAUCUUCUGAUUCUGGGCUCUGGGCUCUGUGCUCUGUGCUCGUGCCCGUUUUGUGUUGGGUUGUUGGCAUGCAUGAAAUCUAUAUUAUAGCUUGGAAAUGCAAAUAGUGUGGGAAGAUAACCUGAUUUUGAUGAGGUGUUGGAUGAGUGUUGUGCAUCUUCUUCCUUUCCUGAUGAGUGGUUUUUCUUCUGUACUCUUGAAUCCAAGUCUUUUGUCCUGUCCUAGAAAUGAGGAGACUGAUGGUGUUUGAUGUUUGCUUUUGUUCGUACUCACACUUCUAACUAAAUAAAUUCUCGAAAAGUUCUUGUGUUCGGGUUAAGGAUGUCAAAGAUGGGACUCCUUUCUCAAAAAUCUAUGUUCUAUGCGUUCUUGAUGACAUCGGUACUGUUGAUAUUAUCUUGGUUCUUAGUGCUAAGAUCAACAGGGCGGCUUCAGUCUCUUGAGUUCAAUAUAUUGCCAACCUCCAGCCUUCUUGCAGUGGCAAAAAACGAAAAUCUUGAUACAUCCUCUGUCAUAAGUGCUUCAGUGGAUGGAGAGCAAGCAACCCGGAAAAGGAAUUCAAGAAAAUGUGAUACUAAUAGCCAGAUUCUCAAGGUUUUCAUGCAUGAUUUGCCCUCCCAAUUUCACUUUGCUCUCUUGGGUUGGAAAGGUGGGGGGAAGACUGUAUGGCCCGACAUUCAGGCUGAGGUCCCCAAAUACCCUGGUGGAUUAAAUAUGCAGCAUAGCAUCGAAUAUUGGCUUACUUUGGAUCUCCUGAACUCGGAAUUCUCUAAAAAUAUGAGUGGCCGUAGUGCCAUAAGAGUGCGUGAUUCUAGUGAAGCUGAUAUUGUCUUUGUUCCGUUUUUCGCAUCCAUAAGUUAUAACCGGUACUCGAAGCUGAAGGCAGGCCAGAAAAGUAUUAAUGACUUAUUACAGGAGAAGUUGGUUAGCUUUUUGACAGCUCAGGAGGAGUGGAAGAGGUCUGGGGGGAAGGAUCAUGUGAUUGUUGCUCAUCAUCCAAAUAGCCUAUUGUAUGCAAGAAUGAAGCUCUGGCCUGCAAUGUUCAUUCUUGCAGAUUUCGGAAGGUAUCCUCUUACCGUUGCUAAUGUCGAGAAAGAUGUGAUUGCACCUUACAGGCAUUAUAUCCGGAGUUAUGUGAAUGACAAAUCUGACUUUGAUAGUCGUCCAACUUUGCUCUAUUUUCAGGGAUCUAUUUACAGAAAAGCUGGUGGAAUGGUUCGGCAAGAAUUAUUCUACAUGCUAAAAAACGAGAAAGAUGUACACUUCUCAUUUGGAAAUAUCAAAGGUGACGGUAUUGACAAGGCUACCCAGGGUAUGCACUCGUCAAAGUUCUGCCUCAACAUUGCUGGCGAUACUCCUUCAUCAAACCGUCUUUUUGAUGCUAUAGCUAGCCACUGCGUACCUAUAGUUAUUAGUGAUGAAAUUGAGCUUCCCUUUGAAGACGUUCUUGACUACUCCGAGUUUUGCAUAUUUGUCCGCACAUCAGAUGCUCUCAGGGAAGAAUUCCUCAUAAACUUAAUCAGGAACAUCAGCAAAGAGGAGUGGACCAGGAUGUGGAAAAGGCUGAAAGAAGUUGAACAGUUUUUUGAGUUUCACUAUCCAUCACAGGAGAAUGAUGCUAUUCAGAUGAUAUGGCAGGCAGUCUCCAGGAAGGUUCCUGCUAUCAAAAGGAAAGUUCACAAGGCCUCCCGAAUUUCUCAGACAAUUGUUCCAGGAGAAAAAGGGUUCAUAUCGGCUCCUCUGCCAAGAAAUUUUGGUUGAUGCUCAUCAGGACUGAGGACUUCUUGAGGACAGCACUUGUCACUUGGAGAUUGUGGAAGCCCCCUAUGUGCUCAAAUGCAAGUUUCAGGAAAACCAAGCUGCCAGCUCUUUGGUUGAUCAUACAGGUAUCACUGUAGAAGAAACUAGAUUCUCUUAUCAUGAGGCGGAUUUUGGUCCUCAGAGAAUGAUACCAGAACCAGCAGAAGGUGUUGAAGGGGGAGUUAGUCUCACAACGACAUAGAGAACUAAUUUUAGGCAGAUUUCAAGGGACUGAUAGCAACUCUUCCCGCAAUGCAAGAUAAAUUUGUUGUAUGGAUAUGUUUGAUGCUUGGUUUUGUUUCACCAGUUUAGCUGUAGUAGGAUUGAACUUACACUAGCACAAGCAACAAGUUGAUCUGAUCUUUCUUGUAAUUAAGACCUUUAGAGGAACAUGCAGACAAUUGGGCUUCACACAGCGGACCCUUCUGUGGUAAUAGAUUGCUAGAUAGUUCACUCAUCAUUUUCAAGCGGCAACUAAAAGCAUGCUGAUCCGGUCUUUGCCACCUAAAGCACUCUUAAUUUUUCCUUCAAA